UUAUCUCUUAGAUUGUGCCUGUAGUGUGCUAAGUGCUUUAUGUUUGCAUCUCAUCUAAUCCUUGCAAUAAUCCUUUGAGGAAGGUGGGAGUCAAUCAUUUUGACAAGUCUCCUGAAAGGAACAGCUAGCAGGAGCUGAAACCUUUUUCCAUUUGGUCUCGUGGCAGAGGCAGAGAUUGCUCCAGCAGCUCCACACAAUAUGACGUGCUCACUAGUACCUUCAGAACAGUCUUCUGGCACCUCUUUCUUGCCUAAAGACACUGCCCCAUUUUCUUGGGGUUCCUUGGAUGAGGAUGAAUUGGAUGAUUCCUUGCUGGAGCUGUCUGAUGGAGAAGAAGAUGAUGACAAUUUCAAUUACACUGAGGAAGAGAUUGAUGAGCUUUUGAAGGAUGAUGACCCAUCAGAUGAGCACUUUUCUUUGGAAGAAAGAUUGUGUAAAGAUGAUGGCAGGCAUGUUGAAAAUGGAGGGAAAGGGAGUCAAGUUCUACUUGAAACUCCCCAAGAAAAAAAUUCAUUGUACAACUUGAGACCAGUAGCUGAGACUCCUGGCCUCUUCAAACUACCUCAGCUAAGUACAUCAGUUGGUCAUGGACCAAUUCCUACUAAACCGUUAAACAGACGAUUUGUACUAGAAAAGAAUCUUAUAAAAGUAACUGUUGUUGCACCAUUUAAUCCAUCAGUUUGUGAUCCUGUGCUUGAUAAGGACAAGAUUGAUUCAUCCAAAGAUACUGAAAAACCCUCUUCCCUUGAGGAAGGGAUGAGAGAAGAUGGUCUUAACCCUAAUGAGAGUGAACUUUGCACUGAAUCUGAAGAGAUCAGCCCCAAUAAUUCUGCUUGGGAUGGGUCCCUGUUCUCUUCUCCUUUGAACAAUAACUUUCAACAAACUGUCUCUGAUAAAAAUACACCUGACAGUAAGAAAUCUACACCUGUGUUCUCUCAGAUCUCAGAGCAUUCAGAGACUCCAAAUACGGGGUCGUCCUGGAAAAAUGGUGGCUCACAUAAAUCAAGUUGUGAAAUGAGGUUUCCUGUUGUUUCCAGUUCAUCAAACAGAGAUAUUCUUGACAAGGAUUCUGGGGAAAUGAAAGUCCGUGAAAGAAGACUGGGCAAAGUCAUUCCUGUUCUACAAACCAAAACCAGGACUAAUGUUUCGACGUUUUCACAAUCAGAUCUAGAACAGCAGAAGCAAAUUUAUCUCAGGAGUGUCUUUGAUCAUAUAGAAGAUCCAGGGGACUCUAACCAAGGUACCUCGGGGGAGCUGUAUGCUUUGAUGAAUCGGCAGCAUCCUUCGGAUCUCACCAUGCGAAAUUACGCCCGGUUCCGACAGAAACCUCUGCAAAGAUACAGUCUGAAUCAGUGGGUUGACAGGAACAAACGAAGCCACCAUCGGUUCCAACGUCUCCCUGACUUGUACAGUCCAUUUGUCUCAUCACAUCAGCAAUGAAAGUCCCUAUCCAGGGUCCUGUCCAGAGCAGCAUCUCAUUUUCUUCUGCUGUUUUUUGCUUCAUAUAUUUUGAAUUUAUUUUUCACAAGAUUUUUAUUUAAAGAACUUGUCACCUUUUGGAAAUACUUAUUGCUGACUUGAAUUUUUUUUUUUUGUAUGAAGACACUCCUGAUUUUGUGUGCCUGUCUGUGUAUUGUGUAUAAGCAGUGUUAAGGUGAUAUAUAUUUUUUUAAUUUUUUAUUUAAGUUGAAGGUGGCUGCCUCCUGAAAGCCAACAUGAAGCUAAAAUACCCAGGCUUAAUAAAACACCCACCUGUAUACAGGCAGAGGUGAAGUCUACUUCUGGUGCCCCAAAGAAGUCAAUCUUUUAAUCUACUGUAAGGAAUAGGUUCUUUACCAGGCUAUGUGCCAGUGUUAAUUAUUGUUGAUGACUUGUGAAUGGAUAUAUGUCACUUUUUACAAUCCCUCUUUUUAAAUUUGAAUCUCUGAAUACCUGUCAGUAUUUUAAAGUUGGCAAUUCAGGACAUUCUAAGUAGAAUAGAAUAGGAGAAAAAUCCUGUUAAAGGAUAAAUUGAAAAUGUAAAUCCUUUCCUUUCUGUACCUAUUAGCUACUCUUCUCCUUCCCAUGUUGGGGUGUCGGGGAUAGAACCCAGGGCUUUGCACAUGCUAGGCAAGCACUCUACCACUGAGCUACAGCCCCAGCCCAGUUUUUAUUAUUAUUUUUUGAUUUUUCAUUCUGUUAAACUUAUUUUGCACAUAGUGUUUACAAAUCUUAUACAUCUUAACUCUGACAGAAUACUGCUGACUAACCUCUGUUAAAUACCUUGUGGUCUUGUGACUGUCUUCUGUCCUCCUUCAAGGAUUUUCCUUUUUUUUUGUCCCUCACCCCCAGUGACCACUUUGCUCUCUAGGGUUCUUAAAGCAGUAUUUAUAUAUCCUUUUUGACAUGGUUAUGUCUCUUUUGAACGGCCUCCUUGCUCUCUUUAUUGAAGAGCUGCCCAAUGUCAUUGAGAUGUCAGUUGGUCUUUAGUUUCAUCUGCUGAAUCCUAACUUUAUGAGUACUAGCCAAGGAGCCUUCCUCCUGUGGGAGAUACUUUGGAAUUAUUACUUGUUUCCAUUAUUGGUUAACAGGUGCCUUUAGACCCUGAAUGUUACCAUCUCCUCUUUUUUCAGGCCUGGAUGUAUACCUUCACAUAACUAUUCAAGUGGGUCUAAUGGUAUUGUGAUUGAGCAUGUGCACAAAAGCAUUACCUGGUCAUAAGGUUUGGUGUUCUAACCAAAGCUGACAGACUUUGUGCAUCUGUCUUAAUGGACAUCUUAGAAAUUUGCUAUUCUCUCUUUACAGACAGCUCUAGACAUUAUUUUAGGAAGUUUUGCAGUCUGGCAUUCAUGCUGCUGCUGUUCACUCUGUGAAAGUUGUUCAUAGUUGCUGUAGCCUCUCUGGUUGUAUUGUUUUAUCAGCCCCAUAUUUGUAUGUGAGUAACCCAUCUUAAACAUUCUACCCACUUUAGAAAUGGACUUGGGAGAAGAUUAGUCAUUCAAGCCUCCAAUAAAUUUGGAUAGAUAUCCCUAAGUGUUUACUGUUUUUAACCAAUCAAGGACUCUCUUUUCCUUGGAUGUUUGUUUUAGAUUCUGGAAGUAAAAUGCAAUGAAGAAAUUCCAUUUAAAGGCAGUAUUCUAAAUCUGUAUUUCAGUUGGCAUAAUUGGCAUUUACUUAACUGGUCACUUCUCCAGGAUGUCCUAAAUUAGCCUAAUGGAGUGAGACAUGCCAAACCCACUUUUGAGACCAAAGUUUUUAGUUAAAAUUAAAUAUAGCUGGAAUAGCUAGCAUUGUAGCAGUCUAGUUCCCACAAACAACCCAGGAGUGAAAAGACAGCAUUUUUGCUUAGGCAGAACUCUAAGAUUCAUAUUCCUGUCCUGGUACUGGAGGGUUUACGACUGAAUGUGUAAUAGGAGCAUUGCCUUUGCCAAAUUAAAUGAGUGACAGGUUAACUAGACAAUGUGACAAUCACAUUUCCUCUUAGCUCAUAUAAUUCUGUUUUUCCAAAGCUUUAGCAGCUUAAUUAAAUCUUUUGGACUGGGGGAGGAGAGAGUUGUUCUCUAGUGGUUAACAUGGUAUUCUUUAAGAUAUAAAAAAGCCAAAGAAAACUCAUUAUCUGGCAUAUUUGCCUUAAAGAUGGUAGUGGGUAGAAUCUGGAGUUUUAAUCUUUUCAGAGCUACAAAUCUCUUGUAUUUGGUGUUGCCCUCUAAGUCUAGUAUUUCAGGUGGAAUUCCUGCUGUAUUUUUAAGUUUGAGUAAUCUUUAUGUGCAUUUAACUGCCUACCUAACUUUCUUCAUCCAUGAUGACAUUAUCACCACAGGGGGUCUUGACAAAGCAGAGUAAAAAUGUGCUGUUUAAGUAGUUUACUUAUAAGUAAGGAGCCUGAAAUAACCUGUAGUUCUGCAUCUAAUACAGGCCCUGAUUUACUUGCAUUGUUGUCAGGAUCAAUUAUGAAACUGAAGUUUUGGUGCCUCCUCUGUAUCAUGUUUUUUCCCUGUAGCAGUUGUGUUUAAUGUCAUUAAAAAGAAAUAAA